CGGCCCAUCUUGCUUGUUUGGCUGUUAGUAGCUUAUUGAUCCCAGAAUCUCAUCAAGCAGCUUCUUGAAGGAUCCCAGGGUGCCAGCUUCAACUCUCACUUCGUUGCACCAAACACAUUGACGGCUGGCCUGUGUCCAGCCCAGUUUGCUUUUCUCUGGAGGGUGAAGGUGGUUGGAUGUAUUUGCAUUAGAUUAUGGAGCCAUUAAGGAUGGCUUAGAUUGUGUGGGGGAAAAAAAGUAACACUGAUAUUUUUAUUGCAGGAAUAUUUAGUGCUUAUUAAAUGUCGAGGUCCAGUGGUUACAGACAGGAACUGUGGUCCAUUUUAAAACGAUCACAGCCAUUAUAUUGUAAAUAUGAGCAACGAAGGGUUUUCAUUACAGUGUCAACUUAGUAAAACAAAUACAAUAAAAAAAAGACCUUCACAGCAAAUAUAUUGGUAGUGUAACCACAACGCACGGGCAUAGGCAAGUGAUUUCGGGAACACCCAUCUGAAAGGGGUACAACGCACUGAGUUUGGUACCACCUGAAAAUAACAUCACACCGGCCACCUGACAGUUAUCAGACUUUGCGUUCACAUGAAACACCCCACAUUACAAGCGUAUGCCCCGUGGCUGCGGUUAGAAUUAGUCUUGCAAGCAGUACAUUCAUUUAUCAAUGUGAUAACUCUCCUUUGAAAUUAUUAUUUGUACUUAUAUUGGACUAAAUGGCGACGACUAAGAAUAAAUGUGAAUGUUAAUGCUAAAAGAAAUACAAAACACUACUACUAAACAUUAUUAUUAUUAUUAUUAUUAUUGUUAUUAUUAUUAUUAUUAUGACAAUCGAUUCCUGAAACCUGGGGCCUCAUGAGUCAGUGUGUGUUUGUCUUUGAUGGGCUGCAGCACUGAACGGAGCUACAGUUAUACUGAAACAAAGAGACUCUGCUGACUUACAGUUGUUUUCAAAACAGAAAUAUGUGCUCAGGUCUUACCGGCUUAAACGUGUUCAGGGUUGAGUUCUCUGUUGUGACAUAAUUGGUUUAUUUUAAGGGGGUGACCUCGAAUUCGCUUUUCUCUCCAAUUAUUAUUUUUUUUGGUUUUGUUUGUAAAUAUUCCAUCUUUACACGUUUUGACUUGUGGUUCAGGCAAACCAUUUUCAGAAGUUUAAACACUAACAUUUCGCUAGAAAUAGAAAUGAUACAUUUUAUUAAUAUAAAGUAACCCCCCCAACCCCCGUCAAAAAAAACCCCACACACCUCAUUACCGUACAAUACUUCUUUAUCACCGUGAAACUUUAACCUUGAAACGAUACAGUCAAACCUUGCUCACCUCAGAAGGAAGCCUCCCCGUCGUGUUUUACGCGAAGUUCUCCGCGUUGCGGUCUGAAUUUUGGGUAAGGUUGCUGGACAGACCUCCGUAUAUCACCCCUCCUCUUGUCUUUCUUUGUCUUUUUAAACGUGGGUCACUGCGGGGAAACUUUAAGAAGUAAAGCAACGGACCGUCUCUCCCCCCUGCCCCUCUCCCACUGAUAGUACACAGCUGCUAUUGUGUGUGUGUAGACUGCCUGCCUUCCUCACCGCGGUCCUAUGGCUGCGCACUAACUGCGUUGUCUCCUGUCGAUGGAGAGCUCUCAUAUUGCUUGGUACAAGGUUUCCGAUGCGCAACUUCACCAGCGUCUUCCAAACCAGACCAGGGACACGUUGCUUCAUUAUAAAGGUGCAGAGGCGGAGUGCUUAUCUUUGUAUUUUUUUAACGAUUACAUGUCAUCUGGUAGAUUCAGUAACUUUAUGGCGGCGCUAUAUAAACGUGACUGGUUUUAAGGUGCGCCAGUGACGGCAGCGAACACGAAUUCGACCCCACCAGCAGCACGGUUUGGGGGGUGUUGCAGAUUCUGCUGCGGUGGAUUUUCUAUUUCACUGAGCAACACCUGCCACUGAAUUAAGGAAAUACAAGACGCUGUUCGCCUUCCCCAGCUAACACACAAGACUCCAGCACUUCCAAAGGAAAGAUGCCAAACCCACUGGAAAAAAUAGUGGCAGAAAAAAAAGAAGUGAUCGAAACGGCGAUGGAAAUGUUUGAGAAAGGAGCCGAGGUUGUGGCCAGCGCCGUGGGAGAGAUAUUUCCUAUCUGUGAGGUGGCGGCUCCAGUUCUAAGACUGGCCUUGGAUCAAGUGGAAAGUAAGGAGGUCCGCUAUGUAAAAGAACAGUUUCAGGUCGUGCGCAAUAAAUUAGAUGUAAUAUCUGAUGAGGUAGAGGUCAUUAAUCGAGAGAUUAAAAAGAGUUUAGUGGAUAGCAAAUACUUUGAAGUAGAGGAAAAUCUACAAAACCAGUUCCGGAAGUAUAUGGACAUCCUAAACGCUAAACCGCAGUUUAAGGAGGUCAAGAAGAAGCUGUUUCUUGACCACUUCAGCCGGACGGGGGGCGAGAUGAACCUCCUUCUGCUCUAUGAUGCCGUGAUGGGACACAACGUCUUUGGGGAGUCCAUUCUGGAGAUUGCCCUGAAUUACGAAGGGAAAAAUCGUCGCGUCCUGGAAGAUCUUUUCACGCGUCUCAAAGAGCUCUUCUGCAUCGGCCUGAUCGCUCUGCUCGGGCACGCGGCCGUAACUAACGGCGACGAUGAAUCGCUGAUCCGAGAGUGGAACGGGAAAAUGCUGGAAGUGGAAACCAAAAUGAAAUCGCUGAUAGACGAAUGCAUUGGCGGUUUUGCUGAGCAGGCUCAAGUCGACACUGAGAAACUGAUGAAGGAAAAGAACAUGGCGGACAACCGAGAAACCGCCGAAGAGAUCCACGGUUUUUUAAAGAGGAAAUACGACUGGGUGAACUGGUCGGUCCGCGUUUACAAGCAUUCGGGCAGCAGCUUCAGCAACUGGAGAGCGGGCGACAAGUAUCACUGCGUGACUGGAAAACACUGCUUUGAUUUGUUGCAAAUCAACAACAGUAAUGUGGUCGUGUCCUACAGCAGCAAUCCCCUACCUGUUGACAAAGAUCACAUCCGGCAGUUGAUGGAAGGACAGUACAAGAAAGCUGAUGCCACGAAUGUAGCCGAACAUCUUUCUAGCGACGUGCCUGGGUGCGUGGUGCAUGCUGUGAGCCGAUAUAAGGAGAUAUGGGCGUCGUGGAAUUUUCCAGAUGAGUGUCAUUAUUGGGAAAACCACAAAAAUGUCUCUCUGUGUGUCCAUUCAGAAUAAUUACCCACUUCUACUAUCUCAGCCUUCACAGCAAUUCCUCCUAAUGGUAAUGUUACCCCUCGUACAAGUUUUCCAUUGUAAAAGCAUGGUAAAAUGAUAGACAUACGGUAAAGCAUGUUAAAAACCAUGGGGAGAAAUAAGAACACACACAACUAAACAUUGAUUUGUCUCCCGCCGUCUUGCAGCACCAAAAUCCUUUGUUGUGAGACGGCGCGCUUCCCUUUCGUACCCAGAGCCCCACCCCUGUAGUCAGCCAAUCCCAGUAAGACUAGAGUGGGAGGGACCUGUGCACUCUCGUCGUCUUCCCUCACCAAGAUGGCUGCCUCUAAGUGUUAUAGAGAUCACGAUCCACCACAUCCUGGUAAGGGAAACUUCCAGUGUCCUCUAGUACCGGGAGGUUGAAUUACAGACCCUCCUUUGUCCAUCGCAUGAACAGAAAGUAGCACCAGAAAUGAUUCAGGCAGUAGUCUGAACUUUCAAUGUUCAGAAUCAUUGACCACCACUGUAUGUUGAACUAAUGUGUUUGUGAUUGAAUUAAAUAUUGUGAAAAUAUGCAACGUAGUGUAAACGCUGAUGUCAUGUAAUUGCUGUUUUCAUCCCUCUUACUAUUCUGUGAUGUUUAUGACUGGGUUCUGUGCUUCAAUAUUGAGUUGUUAUCCUUUUCUGUAGUUCUUCAUCAGGCUUUGAGCUUGUCUGGGGGAUCCUACAUGCUGGGACUGAAGAGCCUUCCUUAUUCCUUUCAAAUCAUAUGAUCUUCUAUGACUAAUCUUGCGUAGAGUCAGUGGGGCUGGCCGAGCUGAAAAGUCCCAUGGUCACACAAUGUGAAUUGAAAAUGAAUAAGACUCUUUAGUCCCGGCACUUAGGGUUCUUCAGACAAGCUCAAAGAAAUUCAAGUAAAAGCAGAUUAAGAGAACGAUGAAAAUAACUCAAUAUUAGCAAGAACCCGACUAGUCAUGCGAUAACGCAUUGGGUAAUGUCUUUUUCUGUAUUGCUGCUUGAUGGUCAGUUUUACCAACCUAUAUACCAAUGGCAUGAGCGACAACGUGAAGAAAAGGCAGGCAAAGAAAGAAGCGAGGAAGCGAGCACAGAAUUUGCAAUAACAGCAGUGCCCCCGCCUC